AUGGAGGAGGACAAGAGGGAUUUGAAGAAGAAGAAGGAAAGCAAGAAGUGCAAGCCACUGAGGAGAACUCAGACAGAUAGCGUUGUGGAGCUUUGCAACUCUGGACAUAAUCUUUUCAACCAUGAGAGAUUCUACUUACAGGGAGGAUACCAAGCUCACCCAGCUCUUCUUCCCCUACCUCCGCAUCUGCCACGACCGUUACUUUUUCAAAUUCCACCAGCUCCCAUACUGCUUCACUGUAACUUGCCUGGAUCAAAACCUGAAGUAGUUCAGAAAAACAUCUGCAAACAGAAAUAUUCUCAUGCCAAAUUGCUGGAGACAAAAGUUGCUAUUUUUCCUACUCAACAUGAUGUUGAGCAGAAAACCAUCUUAUCACAUGGAAAGGAAUGCACCGAUGAGAAUGCAAAAAUUAUAAAUGGACACCGAGAAUAUAACAGGUCUUUACAGACAAUGGUUUCUGCCCGGAGGCCAGACUGUUGCGGCACUGAAGGCUUGCCAAUAUUUCUUCUUGCUAACCAUUUUCUUGUCAAAUUCGAUCCAAUGCAGAAAAUUUUCCACUAUGAUGUCAGCAUUUCUCCUCGCCCAUCGAGGGAAGUUGCACGGAUGAUCAAGAGAAAGCUGGUUCUGGAAAACAUUGAUGUCCUUGCUGGUGCCCAGCCAGUCUUUGAUGGCAGGAAGAAUUUAUACAGCUCAGUUGAAUUCCAAGUUGACAGGAUUGAGUUGUUUGUUAAUCUUCCAAUAACCACACCUCAAUCUUUAAGGAAUGCUGAACAAAGUCAAAAGCUUUUCAGAGUAAGUAUCAGAUUAGUUUCCAAGCUUAGUGGUGAAGAUUUGAAUAAGUUUUUGAAAGAUGAUGAAGAGGAUGGAGUUCCCCUUCCUCAAGAGUACCUCCACGCUUUGGAUGUCGUGUUCCGCGAGAACCCAAUGGAGAAUUAUAUCUCUGUAGGAAGAUCACUGUAUUCUAGUGCUAUGGGAGGUGUUAAAGACAUUGGUGGCGGAGCUGUGGGAUUAAGAGGCUUCUUCCAAAGUCUGAGACCGACGCAACAAGGAUUAGCUCUCAAUGUUGAUUUUUCAGUUACGGCUUUUCAUGAGAGCAUUGGUAUCAUUCCUUAUUUACAGAAAUGUUGUGAAUCCUUAAAAGACCUUUCUGUGAGGAAAUCAAGAGGUUUGGCGGAGGAGGAGAAGAAGGAAGUGGAGAAGGCUUUGAAAAACAUCAGAAUUUUUGUCUGUCAUAGAGAAACAGAUCAGAGAUAUCGAGUUUUUAGCUUGACAAAUGAAGUUGCAAAGAAUCUCAAGUUUAGAGACAGGGAUGGGAGGGAUUUGUCAUUAAUUGGAUACUACAAGGAGCAUUAUAAUCACGAGAUUCAAUUCAUAAACCUUCCUUGCUUACAGAUUAGUAGAAGCAAGCCAUGUUAUCUUCCCAUGGAGCUCUGCAUGAUCUGUGAAGGACAGAAAUUUCUUGCAAAACUUUCUGAUUAUCAGACUGCAAGAAUUCUGAAAAUGGGCUGUCAAGGUCCUGCCGAUCGAAGAAAGAUCAUCAACCAAGUCAUGAAAGGAGAGAGUGGACCAGCUAGUGGCUGCUAUGCUGAGGAAUUCAAGCUAAGUGUUUCAAGAGAAAUGACCGAGCUUCGCGGUAGAGUCCUCCAACCUCCCAAGCUAAAGCUAGGUGACGGAGGGCAUGUAAGGGAUAUCAUCCCUACCAGACAUGACCGGCAAUGGAGUUUGCUCAACAGCCAUGUAGCUGAAGGCUCUCAAGUCAAAAGAUGGGCUUUGAUAAGCUUUGGUGGAUCAUCAGAGCUAAAUUCCUCAAUUCCGAAUUUCAUAGGCCAGCUCUCACAUAGAUGUGAGCAACUUGGGAUAAUUCUGAAUAAGGAAACAAUUAUGAACCCAUUGUUUGAACAAAUGCAGCUCCUCAGCAAUGUACAUGCUUUAGAGAACAAGCUAAGAAAAGUACAUGAAACUUCUUUGGGUAAUUUGCAACUUCUGAUGUGUGUGAUGGAGAAGAAACAUAAAGGAUACGCAGAUUUAAAGAGAAUUGCUGAAACUAAUAUUGGAGUUGUGAGUCAGUGCUGCUUAUAUUCCAAUCUCAGCAAGCUCAACCCACAGUUCCUCACAAAUCUAGCUCUGAAGAUCAAUGCCAAGCUUGGAGGAUCCAAUGUGGCUCUUUACAACACUUUACCCUGUCAAAUUCCAAGGAUUUUUGCUGAUGAUGAACCUGCCAUCUUCAUAGGUGCAGAUGUUACACAUCCACACCCUUUGGAUGAUUUCAGCCCUUCAGUUGCUGCUGUUGUUGGAAGCAUGAAUUGGCCAGCGGCAAAUAAGUACAUAUCUCGAAUGAGAUCACAGACACAUCGGCAAGAAAUCAUCGAGGAACUCGAGCAAAUGAUGAUCGAAUUGCUCGACGAUUUCUUCAUCUUAGUCUGCAAACUUCCCAUAAGAAUAAUCUUUUUCAGAGAUGGCGUGAGUGAAACACAGUUCAGUAAGGUACUGGAAGUAGAAUUGCAAGCAAUUAAGAAGGCUUGUUCAAAAUUUCCUUAUUAUAAUCCUAUGAUAACAUUUUCUGUGGUUCAAAAGAGACACCAUACUAGACUCUUCAUGAAUGAUAGAAACAGCUCCUCAGUUCAUUUUACUGAUGAGAACAUACCACCUGGAACUGUUGUGGAUACUGUGAUAACUCAUCCUAGAGAAUUUGAUUUCUAUCUUUGUAGCCAUUGGGGGAUGAAAGGAACAAGUAGGCCAACACAUUAUCAUGUCUUAUGGGAUGAGAACAGAUUCAAAUCUGAUGAAAUUCAGAAGCUGAUACAUAAUUUAUGUUACACAUUUGUUAGGUGUACUAAACCAGUUGCUUUAGUGCCACCUGCAUAUUAUGCUCAUUUAGCAGCUUAUAGAGGUAGAUUGUAUUUAGAGAAAAGUGAUUCCAGGUCAGUCAUGCAAAGUAAGUUCUCAAGAGCUUCUCCCCCUCGAACAGCUCCAUUGCCUAAGGUCAGAGACAAUGUCAAAAAGCUUAUGUUCUAUUGCUGA